CCGCGCGCGCGCAAUGUCGCAACCCGGACAGCUCCCACCGCGCGCGCAGCUCCUCUCCCAGUCAGUCAGUCAGUCCGCGCGCGCCCGGGCACACAGGUGGGGGGGCAGUUACGGCUAUUUACCCCGAAAACACUCCGGAGCGAGCGCGCGCGCGCGUGUGUGUGUGCGCGCCGUUAGAACCCGUGUCUCGGGUGAAUCCUACGAAGAGGACAAGAGGAGAAGCUCGAAACCCACUGCGCCUCAGGAGUGUGUCAGUGUGUGUGUGUGUGGUUAUCCGCUCGAUGCCCCCGGAGCGUUAGUCUCCAGUACAGGAGGAGAUGAGUUCGGUGUGGAAGAGGCUGCAGCGCGUGGGGAAGAGGGCGAGCAGGUUCCAGUUCGUGGCUUCAUAUCAGGAACUCACUGUGGAGUGCACGAGGAAAUGGCAGCCCGAUAAACUACGUGUGGUAUGGACCAGGAGGAACAGGCGCAUCUGCUCGAAGCUCCACAGCUGGCAGCCGGGGAUUAAGAACCCGUACCGAGGCAUGGUGGUGUGGCCCGUCCCUGAGAACCUGGACAUCACGGUCACACUGUUCAAGGAUCCUCAUGCAGACGUGUUCGAGGACAAAGACUGGACCUUCGUCAUCGAAAAUGAGACAGCGAAGGGUCAGCGCAAGGUUUUGGCUUCAGUAGACGUGAACCUGAAGAAGUUUGCGAGCGCGACGGUGACUCAGAGCGACCUGACGCUGAAGCUGAAGCCGCUGUCGGUGAAGGUGGUGGAGGCCACGCUGAAGCUCUCGCUCUCCUGCGUGUUCCUCAGAGAGGGGAAGGCCACAGAUGAGGACAUGCAGAGCGUGGCGAGUCUGAUGAGUGUGAAGCCGACGGACAUCGGGAACCUGGACGACUUCAAUGAGAGCGAUGAAGAGACAGAUAAAAUAUCAGGUGCUGCUGUCCCCUCUCACCCGGUCCUCGUCCCUGUCUCUCACCCCACACUGCAGUCCCGCCCUCCUUUACAUGCUCCCUCCAUUUUACCUCUCCGCCCACCUCUCUCUGACUCCGCCCACAACAUGGCUCCUUCCAUCGCCCACUCUCACACACCCUCCUAUACACCUUCACAUACACCCUCACACACACCCUCACACACACCCUCACACACACUAGCACCGGGUCGGUCUCCUCCAGCGCUGCCCAAAAUCUUUCAGCCCUCACCUGGAUCAGCUGCCGCGUCCUUCGCCCGGAGAUUCUCAGGUACUGAUGACCUCACCGUGACCCCGGCUACGACCUCUGACCUGAUACAGCCACGCCCCUUUGAUGCUGUUUCCUCUGGACCUGCACUUCCUGUUUCCAGUCAAACUGCCCCUGCUGCUGAAAGUCAGACAGUUCCCUCGUGUUUGGACAGGUGGCGCUCCCCGGGCCGUGACCCCGUGACCCCUGUGCCGUUGCUCAUCAGCCCUGAUCUUGAUGCUUUCUGUGAACCUGUUUCUGCCCCUGCUGCUUUCUCAGACCCACCCCUCAUCCCCAGAACUGCCCCAGUGGCCCCCCCACACCUGGACCAUGCCAUAAAAUCUGCCCCGCCCACUCGCUCUUCACCUCCGUCUGCCUUUUUCACUUCUUCUUCUCCUCCUCCUUCUGCUCUCUCCACACGUCCUCCCCCCUCCUCCUGCCUCUCUGUCGCUCUUCAGCCUCCUGCCUCAGUCUCAGACUCGCCAGAGCCCGAGGCUAACAUCAGUGAGGCUAACCGCGCAGAGGCUAACCCUCAGUCCGUGCCUGCACAGCGAGCUGAUGAGCGGAGUCUGGGGUCAGAGCCCGAUGUGAAAGCAGGACAGUCUGCAGAACUUUCUGUAUCAGAGGACGUGCUGGACGUCCAGACCGUCCCUCCCCCAUGGCCCUUCUCUGUACCCAGGUCCGUGUCUCCGUCUGUGUCUUCUGUCCCUGAGAGACAGUCAGGGGGCGUGUGGUUGGCUGAGCGUCCGCCUCUCGCCGAAGAGGAGCCUGACUUUCUAAGCGAGGACUUUAACACCGUGUGCGUGACGUCUCCGCCUGUUAAAGCGCCUGCAGGUGGAGACGUGGAGAAGAAAUGUCCACUUCCUGCAGACGAAGCUUCAUCCGCUAAGACAGUGUGUGAUGAAGAGGUUCCUGUCCCGAACCUGAUCGCGCUCUUCAUCACAGAGGAGGAUGAGAAGACGCCCGGACAGACAGAACCGAAGCAGGAGCCCUUGAGUCAAACCGGUCCAAACUGGUCCGAUGAGGCCAAAGUGUCGAUCGCAGGCGGCAUCGUCUCCUCCCUGCUGAGGGGCGAGUGUGAGGACGGGACGCGGCCUGACCGCGAGCACACCGCUGUCACGGACAACAGCCUAAACCAAAUCUCUACCAAUCUCCUGAAAAGCACUGACCCCCAAAUUACAGAGUCUGAAACACACACUGAUAAGGACACACACUCUGCAGUUACACACGCUCAGGACACACACUUUGCAGACACUGCGCUGACACACACUGAUAAGGACACAAACUCUGAAGACAUACACACUAAUAAAACACAGACCGUGGACACACGUGCCACAGACACACACACCACAGAUGCAGACAUCAGAGACACACCCAGUCCUGUGCCUGCACCCCCUGGUGGUCAGAGCGAGACCCCUAUGUGGGCAGCGUUAGAGAGAAUGAGGGAUGAGAGAGACGAGCCGGAUACCAGAGACGCGACACGGGGAGACGGGGACAGUAACGGGGAUGCUUUUACACGAGUGGAGGCGAACACAGCAGGUGGAGAUGGAACAUUUGAGCGCACCGGAGACAUGCAGGAGCUCCAUCUUGUGGAGUUACAGACGAGUAAAUCUGAACCCAAGCCUGUGAUUAUUGAGGAGAAGCUGGAGUGUGACCUCGCAUCUCUCGUACCAUCAGCACCUCCUGUGGCUCCACCUUCCUCAUCAGAACCUCCUGCGGCUCCACCAUUAGCUACAAAUGACGUAGUGCUAAACGUUAGCACCAUGGAGAGAACAGCUGCAGACUCAGACGUCACCAGUGAAGGUCCACUGUGGGCCAGCUUGGAGAAAAAGGGAACGAGAAGGUGGAACGAGGGAUUAAGUCCUGGUGAAACAGAGAUCAAAGAUACGAAUCUGGGUGGAGGCCAUGUUGGACGCGUGACUGAGGGCGAGAUGCAGGAGGAAGUGGAAAACCUUCAGAAGCAGCUAGAUGGAGAUACUAACAUUAGAGUCGUCGGUUUCAGCGCAGAGUCAGGGAAUGAGUCAAUAGAAAAGACAGAUGAGGAUGACUCCAUGAGGAAAAUUCAGGAGCCCAAACUUCAUGUUGAGCAUCAGGAGUUUGUUCCUGAAAAGGAAGAGACGUGUUCAGAGACUUCAGGCCUCGUGAAAGGGAUCAUCUGUGUUCUGUAUAAAGGCUAUGAGACGGUGACGUCCAUGUUGAUGCAGCCGAGUCCUACAGAAACAGAUACUCCUGAAGACAUAGCAUCUGGAAGCCAAGAGUUUGAGAUCUUGCCACCUGAACCCUUUUGUGAUACACACCUGAUCAAAGCUGUGACUGAAGCUGUGGUAGAACGGCAAACUCCAGUGAUUGAAGAAAGUGUUUCGACACGUUUUCCCUGUGAGAAAGCGAGUCAUGUGACCCUGCGUUCGGAGCCUUCAGGACGGAGCCUGGUGGACUGCCUGAGGUUGGCGGCUUCAGAGGUGGAAAAAGAAGCAGAGUCGGUUAAAAACAAACCAGAAGCAGAAACAAGCAACGGGAAAAGAACGAUACGCAAAGUCAAGAUCAGCAAAGAUGAGUCCUCAGGUGUGGAAGGCCAGAACUGGACAAAUGAACAGAAACCUAAAGCAGGCGAGAGCUCACAACCGAAAUUUGAGAAGUUCAUGGAAAAGAGUCUAACUCCAGAGAUUAACACCAGUCCAGAUAAUAAUAACGCACCAGGUCUUUACUCCACUGAGGAUGUUCCACUUUUACAAGAGGUUGAUUUCGUGGACAUAGCAAGUGAAGAACCCUUAAAGAAUGCUAAUGAAAAACAUGGAGAAGUUAAACUACACCUCCAGAAGAAGGAGAUGUGUGUGUGUCCGUCGGGGUUGUCUGACACCAAGGAGGAGGAGCUGGAGUUUGAGGUGGGGCAGGAGGACAUAGGGACAGUGUGGUUCUCUGAGCUCUACAUGGAUGGAGGACCUAAGGAAUCCCCAGCAUCAAGUGAGAUCAUCAACACCACACCCGGAUCAGCGUCACAGAACUCCCAACCUGAGCAAAAAUAUCCUGCAAAAGACACACAACCUCAUGAAACACAGCAGAAAGGAGCUUCAGAGCAGGAAGUCAGCGUUACUCCUGGUUCCAUUGUUCUAUCACAACGUGACACAAACAAAGGAAGUGGAAGUAAGAAUGAGGAACCUAUGAGGGGAAGUUCGAUCCCUUCAUCAGAGCACACUAACAAAGUCAAAACACACCCUGAGCUCGCUGUUUCCCAAACCAGAAAAGAGUGUCUUUUUAUUGAAGCCCUAGCAUCAGAUCCCUCAGAGACCAGAACAGCAACGUGGCAGUCAGGUGACAUCAAACCAUCUUUAGAAAAAGAGAAGGAAAAGCCUGCUGAGCUCAAAGAACAUUUAGGAACAGGAAAAGAUCAGGCAGGUCAAAUUCAACAUAUCCUAGAUCAAGCCAAACAUAAAGCAGGUUAUGUCUGUAGCCCUUUACGAACAUCUAAGGAUUUGACAGAUGAUGGCAAAAGAUCUUUGGAAAUAGCUCAACACCUGGGAGAUAGCAUCACAAAGAUGUUAGAAGCAGAUUUAGAACAGCCUGAUAAAUUAAAAGCUACAGAUCAUCCAGGCCAUAUUGAGACAUGUUUAGGAACAGAAAAAGAACUAGAAAGCCACAGCAGAUCUUUAGAAACAGUGAAAGAAGAGCUAGACAAUGUUCAGAGAUCUUUGGGAAUAGCUGAGGAAAAGCCAAAAGAAUGUGAAAGAUCUUUAGAAGUGUUGAAAAAAGAGCUAAAGGAGGUUGAAGGAUCUUUAGAAGAUGCUGAGAAACACACAGAUGGCACUAACACAUGUUCAUUAGUCCAAGCUCAGCCAGAAGAUGUCAAAGAAAGAGAUAAAAAACAGAUAGAUAACGUUCAGAGACCUUUAGGAACAGUAAUCGAACAGACAGAAAAAGGAUUCAUAGCAUUGUUUAAGGAACAGCUCAAUGAUGUCACUGGAGCAUUACAAACAGACAAGGAAGAACCAGACAAUACCAAAAGAAGGGCUGAAGAAUUGCCAGAUGAUGUUAAAGAUGGGUGGCCUAGAACCAUUUCUUCAGGGAGUUCAGUGGCAGCACAGCCUGAAACUUCACCUCAGCAUGAAGAAACAUCUGACUCUCUUACCACAAAUAUUAAAGAAUCUUCUGCUGUGUCAGAGGAACGCUUCCUGUUGGAGAAGAUUCGGCAAAUCGCAGAGGACACUGACACAUCUCCACUGUCUGUUCCUCCUCUGGUUCCUGUUCAGGUUUCUCGGCAAAGAAGGCGUCUUAUCCCCUCUGAUUCCGACUUUGAUCUUCCUCCAACACCUCCACUUCAGCACCAAGUCUGCACCGUGUCACCAGAACAUGAAGAUCAGAGCGAACUUCCUGUUCCUGAGGUCACUGUGACAGAUGAAGUUCGAAUGGCAGUGGGCUGUAAAGAACUCACUUUAGAUGCUGCUGAGAGCGAGCAGGCCUUGGGGUUAGAGUAUGAAAGAGAUGAGACACAAGAUUCCAAAGCUGAAGGUGAAACUUUAGAUGGGGACAGUGUUCCAGUCGACAGGGUCGUCGCAGAGGACAAGCUCAACGAGGCUCAGAUAGAAACGUCGAGACCUUCUCCGCUCUCAGACCCUCUGUGUGUGUGGGUGGCUGGUGAAGGUUCCUCUGGUUCAGGAUCCUCAAGCUCUGUAUUAAAGGUGGAAGGUGAGAGCGCGGUUACGGAGAUUGACGGCCGACCCCCUGCGUGUGAGGACGUGGUGAAGACGCCGCUGCCAUCGGCCCUGCCUCACAUAAAGAAGAAAAAAAUCCCUCCACCUGUCAGUCUACAGGGAGUCAGACACGACGUGCACACACCUGAGCAGGUGGCGCCUCCCCUCCCGAGCCCUGGCUUGGUGAGCAGCAGUCAGUCGUUGUUGCAGUGGUGUCAGGAAGUCACGCAGGACUACAGGGGUGUGAAGGUGACCAAUUUCAGCACGUCCUGGAGGAACGGCCUGGCCUUCUGCGCCAUCCUGCACCACUUCGACCCAGACAGGAUUGACUUCGAUGUGCUGGAGCCUCAUGAUAUAAAACUGAACAACAAAAAGGCUUUUGACGGGUUCUCAGAGUUGGGGAUCUCACGUCUGUUGGACCCUUCUGACCUGGUUCUGCUGUCGGUUCCAGAUCGGCUCAUGGUGAUGACGUACCUGAGUCAGAUCCGAUCGCACUUCUCAGGUCAGAACCUCAGUGUGCUGCAGUUAGAGAGGGACAGCAGCGAGUCCAGUUACGCCGUGUCUCAGCCGGACCAAUCCAAUGGCACGAACAAACUAGGGGGAGAGGGACCCACCAACGGGACUCUGAUCCCCCCGCCCCGGACCAAACGGGGUGUAAAGGGCGAUGAGGUGAGGACGGACGGAGGCGCGCAGACUCCAGUAGCCCCGCUACGGUACAAACCGCGGGAAGAGAAACACCAGUUUGAGGGGGCGACUAAAGAUGAGGAGAGCGGUCCAGCAGCAGACGGAGACACGAGGCGUGCAGACCCGCCCAGACCUGCAGACGAGGAACCGACGUGUCUGCAGGACACCAGUCAGUAUGUGGUGAAUGAGAUAAAGGCUCUGGAGCUCGAGCAGAAACACAUCGAUGCUCGAGCAGCAGUGGUGGAGAGCACACUGAGACGCCUCAUGGAGACAGGCAGUGAUAAGGAGCAGGAGGAGAGACUGAUACAGGAGUGGUUCAUGCUGGUCAAUAAGAAGAACGCUCUGAUCAGGAGGCAGGACUACCUCGAGAGUCUGCAGGAGGAGCAGGACCUGGAGAGGAGGUUUGAUCUUCUGACCCGAGAGCUCCGGGCGCUGAUGGCUGUUGAAGAGUGGAAGAAGAGUGAAGCUCAUCAGCAUCGUGAAACGCUCCUCCUGCAGGAACUCGUGUCUCUAGUCAAUCAGCGUGACGAGUUAGUCAGAGACAUGGACGCCAAGGAGAGAGGGGCGCUGGAGGAGGACGCUCGGCUGGAGAGAGGCUUAGAGCUCAGGAGGAGGAAAUACAGCAACAAGGAGAAGUGUGUGCUGCAGUAGACACACACACACACACACACACACACACACACAGCAUCCUAAUACAUUCUUAACCAUGUGUGUGUGUGAGAAGUGUGUAUUAGAGAUGCUGCAGCACCAUACCAACAGCAGUGUAUUAGAAAGCAGCAAUGCAUUCUGGGUAAAUGCCUCCACAUCUGGGCUCAGGGAACAACGCAUAUCCUGAGGACACUCAGGGGGACUCGAGCAAGGGACAAGAGGGGGUGUUUAACACUGAAAUGUGGACUUGUGGGAUCCACAGCUGUGACCUCUGACCUUCAGGAGCGACUCGGUGUGUGAUCAUCAUCAUCAUCGUGUUCGUGAUGAAGAGCUGCACUUUAAAGGGUCACGUGGUUUUUAAACGAGGACGCAGUGAGAGUAAUCAGUAUUCUCAUCAGCAUUUUUAUUAAACGCAGUCAACCUGAUGCAGAUGUUCACAUGAAAUGUAAAUUCCAGAUGUUUAUACACACUUACUUAAACUACACAGCAAACGACAUCGUCAUAUUAUAGUCCAAAUAAAUAACGUUAUCUCACAGAGUUGCAGUAAAGUGCAGGAGAAGUGUGUGUGUGCAGCAGCAGCUCUAAGACACUUCCUGUAUGAAGAAUCUGAUCUUUCUCAGGUCUGAUCUCGGGCCUUUCUCCUACACACACUUCCUGCCAGCCCGUGGUGAAGGUUCACAGAUUUCUCCUCAGGUGUACGCUGUAGAUCCACCUGAGAUCCUCAGCAGUAAUGUUUUAAGAAGCUUCACCUUUGUUUCAUCCUUAUCGUCCUGCUGGAUGGGGACAGAUUCUUCUGGAACAUGACUUUCAUCUUGCCUUCAAUCCUCAGGAUUCUGUCUGUAGCGUAAGAAGAGAGGUUGCUCCGUACCCGUGAUGAUGCCUCCACCUCAGAACUUCACUGCAGGCUCAUAUUCAGAGAUGUUUCUCCUCCGAACAUGGCACAUCAUAUUGUUGCAGAAGAGUUAGACGAGUUACACUCUCCCAGUAAUCCUCAGACUUCUCCAGAUGUUCUUAGUGAACUCCAGCUGGGCUUCAGCCUGCCUUUUCCUCAGUGAUGGAGUGAUCUGAAGGUGAUGGAGCGCGGAGCCAGUGGUGGUGCAGUGCUUCUUGUGCUGGUCCACUCUGGACUGUGUGAGAUCUUGUGAGAACCUGCAGUGUGUCGCGAGUCGAUGGUUGAGUAAUGUUCCCACACACAGGAGGUGAGAUAUCUCACGCUGCUCCUCAGCACGCUGCUACUGAAGCUCCAGGUGGAGAUCUUUCCCUCUACACACCAUCAGAUGUUUGUUGUGUGACACUAGUUAGUUAUAUCAGCUGCUUUAGUGUGUUUUCUUCAAUAUAUAUUAACUUUAUCUUUAGCUAUAUUAGUGUUUUUAGUAAAUAAUAAUAAUAAUAAUAAUGCUAAUGAUAUCUGAUCUGUAUUUCACGUGAAGAGCUGCACUGGAGACACGUUUAAUGACGAACUGAUGACAUGUCGAAAUAUGUAUUUCACACAAUGUUAUUAUAAUUAUUAUUAUUACUAGUUUUUUUUCACAAACUUGGGUUGUUCAAGUCAAACCGGGACUUGUUGAAAUUUUUGGUGAAUGAAGGUGUCAAAGUGAAGUUUACCGAAGACUUGGAGAAGAGCGCGGUGAUGCGACUCUGAGCCGCAGUAAACCAUCUGAACGGUGCGGGCGUUUUACAGAAGGUGUGCAUCAGUGGAUGACGAGGUGUCUCGAGGCUCACUGCAGUCGUGCAUUAGUGUAUCAGGGGAUUAUACAGGGAGUUUUUACUCUCAGAACUGUGUUCUGUUAUCCUGCGACGUUAUCAAAAGUCCAGCUUUGACUCGAACGCCUCUUUUAGCAUUUUUAUUAGCUUUUUUAUCACAGCUGCUGAAGUUCAUAGUUUAGAUAAGUAUGAUUUAAUGCAAUCUUAUUAUUUUGUAUUUUAAACAAUAUUUUUUUUUCUUUUUAAAUGUAGUUUUUGUGUGACUUUUCAGGUGUGAUAAAUGUCCUCUUUACAGAACUUUAGAAGAGCCGUCCUGCUAGUUAAGUGCGUGUUCUAAACCUAUUGAAUGUAUUUCCGGAUGCGGUGAUAUGAACCCACACGGUGCCUUUAAAGGUUUGAUACUUUCAUGUUUUGCCAAAGCCUGUAUUUUCUGUGUGUUUUGAGUUUAUUUAUAUGAGUGUGUGUGACUGCAGGGUGUGUUUCUGACCUUAUUUGUUCCUUUAAUUUGAAAUGUAGGAAGAGAAACCUGUUUAGUAAUAAUGAUAAAGUAUAUACGUGUGCACUGUGAAUGACUGCUUUAAAGAGUUUAGUGCUGUUUUCUAAAAACAAAAAAAGUACAUUUAUCUUGAUAUAAAGCCUUGAAAUAAAGUUUAUAAAGUAUUAAAGUAUUUUGUUUCUGGGUUUCCUGCACAAAGAGAACAGAGCUUGAUUGGUCACUUUCACAGCCAAUCAGUGGACAUUCUUUUAAUUAAAGUGGAAGUGGGUCAUGUGACAGCGUGCGGUAAUGACCAGACUGUUCCUGUUUUUAUUCAUGUUGCAUUUAAUAAAGUUUUAACCUGUUUCAGUA